UGUUUAGGGCAAGGACUCUUCCUUCAUUCACAAAUGUCACCAAGCGCACAAAAACAAUCCCCACUACGGCAUCCCCAAAAUUUCCAGUAAUUCUGAAUUCCUGAUCGUCCAUUUUGCUGGAACUAUCCCGUAUGCAGUUGAUGGACUGGUAGAGAAGAACCGAGAUCGAAUGCGCCCGGAGGCACUGGCCAUGAUGUGCAACAGUGGCGUCGAAGGCAUCUCCUUUAUGUUCCAGCGCAUGUCGCAGGUCAAGAGGAGUAACCAACCAGGUGCCAAGGGACGCUCACCAACCCUCCUCGACAGCUUCCAUUCUUCUUUGACAUCUCUCAUGGAGACAAUGAAGACGAGACGUCCGUGGUUUGUGCGUUGCAUCAAACCAAACCCCGAAAAGAAGGCGCUUACCUUCGAGGACACAAUGGUCAUGGAGCAGCUUCGCUACAUUGGCGUCUUGGAGACAGUAAAGAUUCGAAGUUCCGGCUUCCCAGUUCGCCUCCCCUAUACUGUGUUUGCCAACAAAAUUUUUAUUGACAUGGAGCCCGUUUGUGUAAAGUUGAAAGAUGAACUUUUAGGCAUCAUUUUUGUGUUCCGUCACCUAUUGCAUUUUCCAUCUAAGCGGAUGCUCCAGACGAUGAAUGAAGAUCUGCUAUGGAAGGAAAAUGAGGAUGAGGUCGAGUAUACCGAACUGACGGCACCAGAAAUGGACCAGCUGAUGCGUCCUGCAGACCUUGCCUUCAUAAUGGAUAGAAAAGAGAACGAUGGACGAGCCAUAGAACUGUUUAAGGACCCGGAAAUGGAAGUAACCAAAACCUUCAUGGUCCAGCGCAGACUUGCCAGUGACCUGCCAGGUUGUUGGACUACUUACAAGGGUGAUUCCUUCAGCGUGCCGACCAUUCAGCAAGUCAUCGCCAAUAGCGGUUCCAGCACCAGUGCUCAUCUUGACAAGAUAACGCGCCUUGUUUACCAACAUUCACUCUCCUUGCAAGACGAAUUUUUCAUGGGCAGCUACCUCUACCAAAUGACUUUAAACUGGCCUAUCGCCUCAGAAUUGGAUUAUGCGACAGACUCAGAGGAUGAGGAUGCCAUGUUCAGCCAGGCACGUACGGAUCUUGUACGUCAGCGCUCCACGAAGUGGCGAGCUACAGGCCAUUCCGGUCUUCAAAUGAAACGCAGCAAGCACGUCAUCAGUCACAACACACCACAGGACCAGAUGCGACGAAGUCACCGACGUCUGUGGAUGCAUAUUGCCGGUGUACUCACCUGUGGACGGCUUCCGAAAUCUCUGAUGGCCGCGGUCGUGAAACAUAUUCGUCUUAACGCUCCCCGUCGCUCCCUGCGGUUUUGCGAGGACCGCAUCGUGACAGCCCCCACACCUGUUCGCCUUUAUCCACCCUCUCUCCUUGAGUGGCGAGUUAACUACACGGGCACAAACAUGGCCCUCUUCCUCACCUACCCUGACGGUGAGGCCCAAGAAGAAGUUUACUUUGCUAAUGCCAAUUUCGCUCAUUCACUUGUUCUCUGUUCUUCGUCUACCGCCUCUAGCCCGUCGAACACAAUUGAGUUAGCCAGUACUCCAAAAGUUCUGGUUGCAUACUUUACAUAG